AUGAGAAGCAUUAGAACGUGGAGUAUAGUACCUGUCGAUUUGAAUGCUUUCAUGUGUGUUAACGCUCGGAUUUUGGCCAGCCUUUUUGAAAUUAGAGGUGAUUUCAAGAAGGUGGCAUUUUAUCAGCAGCGCUACGAAUGGGCGAAGAAGGAAAUGAAGGAAAUACAUUGGAAUGAAACUGAUGGGAUCUGGUACGACUACGACUUAGAGCUGAAGACUCAUUCAAAUACUUACUAUGUUUCGAACGCAGUGCCAUUGUAUGCUAAAUGUUACGACGACGAAGACGAUGUUGUUCCUCGACGAGUUCUGGAAUAUUUACAGGUAUAUAAACAUUAA